CUGACCCCCACAAGGUGCCGAUGCCCCAAAAAGGUUAAACCAUUCGCGUUUAAGUGUCCGAUUUCGCUAAUCGCCUCUCAUCAGUCAGCGUUCCUGUGGAUGCUUAUUUAUGUUCCUGGGGCCGGGAAUGCCGCUAUUAGCUGUUCAAAACUACAAGCUAGCCAGCCUCCUGUCCUCUUCUCCCACUUGCACUCGUCUACAUCCAUGGCGCAGCCCGCUAGACCCUUCAGAGCUCUUGGUUUCUUCAAGAAAAAGGAGGGCAUCUCUGACGAAGAGUUUGUCCGGCACUGGAAGGAGGUGCACGGUGCCCUCGUCCUCCCCUUCCUCAAGAAACACGGAGCCUUGUACUACUCUCAGACGCACAUCAGCCAGGCCAACAAAGAGGCCUUUAAUAACGCGUGCCUGGGUGGCAAGGCGAAAUUGCUCGACUAUGACGGAGUCAUCACCAUCGACUGGCCAUCCCUCGAAGCGGCUCAAGCUUAUUCGAACGACCCAGAGUACAAAGCAGCCGUCAGAGACGAUAUUCCUAUCUUUACACAAACAGGGGAAAUCUGUUUCGCCGCGGGAAGGGAAGAGAUUGUAUUAGAUCAUAAAAUGUGA